UCUCUCCUCCCCACGACCAGCCUUCGCUAUCCUUCAUCGCCACGACUCAACCAUCUUCUCGAAGGGUACACUCUCACUUUUUUUUCUACCUCUUUCUCAGAUAUCCAUUCCGUCACACCUCGAAGAAUCGACUUUCGUGACCAACCGACAUCAUGCGUGAAAUUGUCCAUCUUCAGACCGGUCAAUGUGGUAACCAAAUUGGUGCUGCUUUCUGGCAAGGCAUUUCUGGCGAGCACGGUCUCGACGGCUCUGGUGUCUACAAUGGCACCUCUGAUCUCCAGCUGGAGCGUAUGAACGUCUAUUUCAACGAGGCUUCUGGAAACAAAUAUGUUCCGCGUGCUGUCCUCGUCGACUUGGAACCUGGCACGAUGGACGCUGUGCGUGCCGGUCCCUUUGGCCAGCUCUUCCGUCCCGACAACUUCAUCUUCGGUCAGUCCGGUGCUGGUAACAACUGGGCCAAGGGUCAUUACACUGAGGGUGCGGAGCUGGUUGACCAGGUGCUCGACGUCGUUCGCCGCGAGGCCGAAGGCUGCGACUGUCUCCAGGGUUUCCAAAUUACUCAUUCUCUUGGUGGUGGUACCGGUGCCGGUAUGGGUACUCUCUUGAUCUCUAAGAUCCGCGAGGAGUUCCCGGACCGUAUGAUGGCUACCUUUUCCGUCGUUCCCUCUCCCAAGGUCUCUGACACCGUGGUCGAGCCCUACAACGCCACUCUCUCCGUUCACCAGCUCGUUGAGAACUCUGACGAGACUUUCUGUAUCGACAAUGAGGCUCUCUACGACAUUUGCAUGCGCACUCUCAAGCUGUCAAACCCCUCCUACGGUGACCUGAACCACCUCGUCUCCGCUGUCAUGUCUGGUGUCACUACAUGUCUGCGUUUCCCUGGUCAGCUCAACUCUGAUCUCCGCAAGUUGGCUGUCAACAUGGUUCCUUUCCCUCGUCUUCACUUCUUCAUGGUCGGCUUCGCUCCCCUUACUAGCCGUGGUGCCAACUCCUUCCGCGCCGUCAGCGUCCCUGAGCUCAGCCAGCAGAUGUUCGACCCCAAGAAUAUGAUGGCCGCCUCCGACUUCCGCAACGGUCGCUACCUGACCUGCUCUGCCAUCUUCCGUGGCCGCGUGGCCAUGAAGGAGGUCGAGGACCAGAUGCGUAACGUCCAGAACAAGAACUCGUCUUACUUUGUCGAAUGGAUCCCCAACAACAUCCAAACCGCCCUCUGCUCCAUUCCCCCGCGGGGUCUCAAGAUGUCCUCUACCUUCAUCGGUAAUUCGACUUCGAUUCAGGAGCUCUUCAAGCGUGUCGGCGACCAGUUCACUGCCAUGUUCCGUCGCAAGGCUUUCUUGCAUUGGUACACUGGUGAGGGAAUGGACGAGAUGGAGUUCACUGAAGCUGAGAGCAACAUGAAUGACUUGGUGUCUGAGUACCAGCAGUACCAGGAUGCUUCUAUCUCCGAAGGCGAGGAGGAGUACGAGGAGGAGGUCCCCCUCGAGGCCGAAGAGUAAGUGCGGUUCUAAGAGGAGUGGGGCUGGGAAGUAUCAUGGUGGGAGGAAUAAUUAAUACACUGGUAGCUGGGUUUUCGUCGACUCGGAUCAUCACGGUGAUUGAUCACCCUUGCUCGUCAUGAUAUCUUCGUUUUGGCCACCGCCUCUAUGACCUUUCAACCUUUUUUUCCUCGGCUUUUGGUAUUGCGGCUUAUUUUCCGCCAUGCACCACGGUGUAUGAAACAUUCUGUUAAAGCUCGUGGAAACAUUCUUGUGAUCCGUUUCUUUUCUUUUCUUUUUUGUUCUUUUUCUCUCCGUAGUUCACUGUUUUUAUGCUCUCUAGCGC